GAAGAGCUUCGGCUUUGGUUCGGGUUUGACAAGUUUUUUUUCUCUUUUUUUUUUUUUUUUGAGGUAAGGGAAGAGAAGGGAAAGGGAAAAAAGGCUUUACAGCAGCUACUGCGAACUGUCAAUCCGUGCUGUCCCCAUUUUAGGAGCUAAGUCUACUAUGGAGUCAGCAAUUAAGACCGUUGUGGGGGUAUUCCUGAAGUCCUCAAAAGGCAAGGAGAACCUCGGAGGAAAGGAGUUCCAGAGUCUGGUGAAAAGCCAGCUGAAGAACAUUCUGACGGGCUCAGAGGACAACGAGGCAGUAAAAAACAUGCGUGAGCAGCUCGACAACAACCAGGAUGGCAAGGUCAGUUUCCAGGAAUACAUGAGUCUAGUGGGUUAUCUGGCGCAGGCGGUCAGCGAACAGCGCUGUCUGGAGGCAGAAACACCAGAGGAGACUCCGGUACAGGAGAGUCAGGCCCAAGCCGCAGCAAACGUCCAGGCGCAACCACAACAAGCAGAACCAAAGGCGGAAACAGACAAGAAGAAGGAAGAAGAGAAGCCGGCGGCGGAGGAGAAGAAGCCCAAGGAAGAGACAAACAAAAAGGUGGAGCAGGAAGGAGCUAAAGCUGAAGAGAAAAAAGCCGAAGAGAAAAAAGCUGAAGCGAAUCAAGUCCUAGAGAAUAAAGCUGAAGAGAAAAAGGUUGAAGCGAAUCAAGCCGUAGAGAAUAAAGCCGAAGAGAAAAAGGUUGAAGUGAAUCAAGCCGUAGAGAAAAAGGUUGAAGCGAAUCAAGCCGUAGAGAAAAAGGUUGAAGCGAAUCAAGCUGUAGAGAAAAGGGUUGAAGAGAAAAAAGCUGAAGAGAAUAAAGCUGAAGAAAAGAACAUAAAAGAGGAAGCGUCGUAGGAGCUGGAGGAAGUCGCAUCUUUAAUGCUUCCAUGUUUGUUUUGUCUGUCGUUUUUUUAUUAUUGUGGUAUUUUAAUAAUUACAUACGAGAACCUAGCCGAUACACUACACAUUUUAACAGUCCAAAGAGGUAAAGUCACCUUAAUACAGGUUUUUGGCUAUCGCUAGGACAUGUUUUUGAAACAUUUAGGUUGUGGCGGGCGAUGGGAGAUCGCUGAUGAAAGUGAAGAGCGGGGGGCGGGGGGCGGGGGGCGGGGGAUUGGACAUUGAACAUUUUUUACACAGAGCUCAUUUUGGACAUUUUUUACACAGAAUUUUACUGAUAGGAACAAAUCAUAUUGCCGUCAUAGUGCCCUGUAUCAUUCAUUUUACAUUUUACCGGCAGUCAAACAUACGUUUAAAUAGGUUUUCACAAAAAUUUAUGUUGAAGCACAUAUUUCCAAACCUUAACAAUUUUUAAUUUAUGUCUUGCGGUUCAGAAUUGUUAUAAAAAACACAAGUUGUGCUUUCAUAACACUAAAGUUUGUCGCCCAACAAAAACACAUUAAGCAAUGAACUAAAUACACUAACAACAGUUAGCACUCUCAUACAAUGUUUUCAUAUGUAUUUUUUUCCCCAAAACAAGAAUGAUAUCUCUGUAAUGUAACAUGAGUACACUUUUCUUUGUAAAUUCUCCUUUUUUGUGUGCGACAACUAUAAUCAAAUCGACUAAAUGCUGUUUACAGUGUAAGCUACAUCAAAUUGUUUUGCUAGUGUUUUGUUACUUAGAUUUUAAAUCCGUUUUUUUUUUUUGAUGGUAUUUUUGUGGAAAUGUAUCAAAUUGCAGUCUAAUUGACUUUGGUGUUGUUAGUUUUGAUCGUCUAAACACUAUUAAAUGAUCUACAUUUUAAAAUUUUUCACAGUUUCAAAAAAGCAACCGAGUAUUUAAAAGCAGGCCCUAGCGAUUGUUAAAAAACACCACUAAUUUUUGUUUGUAUGCACAUGAGUUCAUGCCUGUGAUUAAUUUUGUAAUAAUAUAGUGUGUGAUAGAAGUUGUCGACAGCCGCAAAUGUGACCAAUGGCCAAAGGGGUGCAAUAAUAAAUAAAUGUCCUUUUUUUAUUUGAGCCAGAUUUGUUGUAAAAGGGUACUGCAACCACUGUUUCCCCUCGCUAAAAUGUCCCGAAAACAUCCGCGAAUGAAGAUCAGACGUCGUGUUUAUAGCGUAAAUGUUGAAAAAAACUAUGUUUACUUUAGUUUGUGCCACCUUCGACUCCGGUGCUAGUCGUAAAUGUGUUUUCCAGUGUUGCAGAAGCAUUUAUUUUAUUUUUUUACCUUGCUUUUGUUCGCUGAAAUGCCUUCCUGCAGGAGUUUAUCUAAUUGCAUCACCAUUUUAAGAUGUGGGACUUGCGUUUGUGGCGCACAUGGGAACACUAUAUGCAGUCCUCAUACUUUGUUGUUCACAUUUCUGGGCCUUGUUUGCAUGAGAAUAAACAAAUUUGCUUUUGAA